CGUGAUGUUCAGAAUUGAAAGGAAACUGAGUAAAACAUCGUAUUCGCUCGCUCUCUAGAAUGGCCGACCCGCUCAUUCUCUACUACGGGAAAGGCCAACUUAACCUCUUCACAGCGGAAGGAAAGACUAUUGUUGACUUGGUGCCCGCAGACAUGGUUAUAAACGCAAUCUUGGCCGCAAUGGUAUGCCAUGGAUGGUCAGGCGUUGCCGGCCUGAAUAUUUAUCACAUUGGGACAAGUUCCAUAAACCCCCUGCGAUUUGAUGAGCUGUUUAAUCACUGUUAUGAGCACUAUCUUUCCUUUCCUUUCAUUGAUUCACAAGGAAAAUUUGUUCAUAUAGAAAGGAUGAAGCUCUUUGACACACUGGCAGAUAUAUCUUCAUAUUUGUCGACUGGGGAAAACGGCAGAUUGGUAAAGGCAAAAGACAUGCACAUCUUGAGGAAGCUAUCGGUAACAUACGCGCCAUACACUAGUUAUAAAGGAAGGUUUGAUAUCGCAAAUGCAACAAAAUUGAUGAAGAGAAUGUCGCUAGUGGAGAGAAGCAACUUCACAUUUGAUGUGGCAGCAAUAGACUGGAGGGAUUACAUUGUCAACGUGCACGUUCCUGGUCUACGGAGGCAUAUCGUCAGUGGCGAUGCUUCAUGAACAAAAUAUUUCACAGCCUCCAUAUAUAUACAAUAUCUUUAUUUACCAUGUCUGGUUUCGUUAAGAAACCAUGUGAUUUAGAAGCCUAUGUUGUGCGUGCAACUAAAUUUCAUCUUUACUCUUUGAUGUGUCCGUCGUAUACCAUCGCAAUGCUUGCUAAAUGUUGUGCUUCACGGGAUCAACAGCUUUGCUUCUUCUAGUUAUGAAAUAAAAAGGUUUG